AUGAAUUGUAUCAAUAAUUAUAUUUAACCUAUGCUGUGUUCUUCUUCAAAAGAAGUCUAGUUUUGCGUCUAGUCAAACUAAGUGAAAAGGAACUCUCGUCGUGGGAAAGUCUGUGGUGGAACUCUUGAGGAGCUGCAGAAGUUGACAGGAUGUCGACUUACCACCUUAGAGGACAAUCAGCCAACAUGGAAUGCAUGGUCAUCUUCCUUGACAGCUCCUCGUGUAUGUUCGAGAUCCACGCUCAGAGUCCGGGAUCCGCUCUUUACGACAAAGUGAUCAACCACUUAGAAGCUAGACAUGCUCCUCUGAGAAUCAAACGGGAGUUGUUCGGACUCCAAUACAAAGACACAGACGAAGCGACUAAAUGGUUAGACUUGAACUGCAAGUUGAGAAAACAACUUGGAGGCGGCAAUACAGAACCCAUAUUGGAAUUCAGAGUUCACUUUUUUGUGUCCUCGGGACUUAUAGAGACUCUAGACGACUGCAGCUUGAAGAUGUAUUUUCUCCAGCUCAGAACAAUGUUACAGCAGGGAGUGUUGAAGCCUCGAACUCACGAUGCGGCAGUAAUAGGAGCACUGGUAGCUCAGAUCGAAAUAGGGGAUUAUAAGGAGUAUUUCAAUGAUUACGAACAAGGCGCGGAGUAUCUUCAUCAGAUUAUAAUCUACCCGGAGCAAGAACGCAAACCGGACUUGCUAAACAGAAUAUCUGAAGAACACAAGAAGCUCAAAGGAUACCAUACGCAGUCCGCGAUUCGGCUGUUGGUGGAGAAUGUGUCUCGUGUGGAGAGGUACGGGAUCGAGAUCCACUGUGCCAAGUCCAUAAUCAACCCCACCUCAGUUUUGGACACUUUCGAACGUCCGGAUACCCUGGUAGAGAUAGGAGUAUCGAGCGAGGGUAUCUGCGUUUUCAAGAAUGGAAUCAAAGACGACCAGGAUCUGGCAUGGAAACACAUCGACAAGAUCCAGUGCAAUAGCAAACAGUUCAUUCUCAUCAUACAAGCAGACAAUAAUCCAGACGAAUACUUCAAGGUCAACUUCACCUUCAGCUCAAGUAAGAAUUGCAAGGCCUGUUUUCUGUCCUGCCAAGCCCACCACCAGUUCUUCCAGAGUCAGUUGUCCAUCGAGCCCAGCACCUCCUCCGCUUACGCACACACCAACACUGAGUUCCUCUGCAGAUCCACCACCACGUCCAUCCUCAAAGGGAGGCUGAAAAUUGGUUCUUCUACCACCAAUCGCUCUAAGCCACGCAGACCGAAGAGGUAUCUACAGAACAACACGUCUCAAGAGCCAUCCACGGCCACUAACAGUAUGUUCGGAGGAUCUUCCUUCUCAGAAACGACAUCUAACAGAACAUCAACAGGACCAUCUUCCUCAAACUCGAAUCGUAACUCGAUCUCGACUCCAUCUGACAUCCAGCAGCAGUUGAACAUCCGCACCAGCAAUUUAAACGUCGGCUCAAACUUUGGCUCUCAGAGCUCCCAAGUAAAUAAUGAUGCCAGCACUUUUGCCCCUGGACCCUCAAAGCGAUCGCAGUCUAAGAACCCGUUCGAUUCCAUACAGUGGACCGAAAUCACUGAUGGUUCCCAUUUCGACCAGAUGCAAUACGAAGUUGGUUUGAAUGGGUAUCCUUAUAAAGACUUCCGAAAUGCAGAGAGGAACCCUAAUGAAUGGAGUUUCUCGCCUCCAAGCGAAGCCUCAAACGACUCCUGGGGUCCAGGCGAGGAAGACGAUGACGACAACGAUGAUUACGAUGACGUCAGUCCCUACUUCGUGGGAGAGCGCCCUGACCCUCUACAACUCCCUUCCCAGUGCAAUACUUGCUUUGACCCCAACAUGUUGGAUCUGGACUACUCAAUGCAUUGUCUGGAAUCGCAACUGCAGACUCCGGAUCAGCUAGAUUAUGAGUUCCAGAAUGUGCCUCAGUUGAGAACAGAUUUCACAGUUUUCAACUCGGUGUUACAGAGGAACAGAGACAAGAAUCGCUACCAGGACAUCUUGCCCUAUGACAGGUCACGAGUUAUUCUGAAGUCGCCGGCGGCAUCGGGAGGAGUGGGUGGAAACACCGACAGAGAACAGCAAGUUGAGAUGGAUUACAUAAACGCCAAUCAUCUCUUAAUGAUUCUUCCCGACAGUUCGAAGCUGAAUUACAUAGCAGCUCAGGGACCCCUGGAAGAGACCAUAACAGACUUCUGGCGUAUGGUGUGGGAGCAGAAUUGUGCUAUUGUGGUUAUGUUGACGAAUGUUCUAGAACAAGAAAUGCUCAAGUGUCAUCCAUAUUGGCCCUACGACACAAACUCGGUUCUCAAAUGUGGGCACCUCAUGGUCACGUGUCAAAGCCCGCCCAUCGAGGAGAAUUACGUGACAACGCGUGAAAUCUACCUCAUAGACUCAAGAUACCAGGACCAGAACCCAAGAGAAGUGCACUUGUUGCAUUACACUAAAUGGCCGGAUAAGAAAUGUCCGGAUAAUUCGGAGGAUUUUUUGGCAUUUGUAAGACGUGUUAGAAAGUACAGAACAGAUUUUCUGGGUAAUUCACCGCUUUUAGUACAUUGUUCAGCGGGCAUUGGGCGAACUGGAGUUUUCAUAAUAGUCGAGACGGCCUGUAGGCUAAUUGAACUCGGCAUGCCUGUUUUGCCUCUGGAUCUAGUGAGAGUCUUGCGCGACCAGCGACCCUACAUGAUACAGACAUCGGAACAGUUUUCAUUUGUAUGUCGUGCGAUAUUAACUUAUUAUAACCAGUUCAAAACCAUCAGCAGUCCCAUUUCUCUGAAUCUGUCAAGCUCUUCUCUGAAUUCAGCCUACGACGUGAACAAUUUGAGAAUCAGUCAGCAACGCGGAGGAUACCCGCCUCAAAACCCUCAACACCAAUAUGUCAGCAGGGUUUCGUCUAGUCACUCAAGCUACUCUCAAAAUGAGCUGAGAAACAACCAACAAACUGACUUUCUCAACAGCCCUCAAAUGCACAGCAAUAACCAAAGGUUCUCACCCCGAGUUAGAAACUCGCCUCACCCUCAAUAACGAGCCUCACCGCCACAGUAUUGUAUCUGAUGAUAUUUAACCGAUACCAGCCAUCGACCCCGACAAAGUGACUUGAACAAAUAAUUAUAUUUUUGAUGUCUCUUUAGUACUUUUUGUUUUCGCUGGCCAUAAGAACGCCAAGAAAAGUUUCUGGAAUCAAACUGAAAUUUGUACUAGAAAUAGUUGUUUCUAUUUUCAUUUUGUUCUCGAAGUUGAUGAGUUUUCAUUCUUCAUACAACAAUAGGAGAGUGAGAAAAAUAUCAAUAUUUUUUUUUGUACAUGCCGGAUGAUUAAGAUGAACUGGGUGCUGUUUUUGAAUGACCAUUGUUGUUGUUUCUGAAGUCAAAAUUUAGAUUAGUUCAUUAAAUGACACUGAUUUGUAGCAUCUAAUUUGAGUGUUGUAAAUUAACAAUUGAUUAGGAUCUAGGUGCUGAUUUGAUUACAAUUGGACAAGUUUAAGUCCUCUUCUCUUCAUGGAAUCACAAUUACUCAGUCUCACUUUUGUACUGUUGUUCAUUUUCUAUUUUAAAAAUUUUGCGACUGGUUUAGUAUUUUGGUUGAGCCAAAAGUAUAACUUAAAUGGAUCUGAUCUACGUUGUCUGUGCAUGUAUUAUGCAGAAUUUAUUUCCUACAUUUUUGACAAAUUUUCUAUUUCGACAUUAUCUCAUUCAUUAGACUACAUUAACUUGAUCUUGUAGCGCAAGCCAAAUUUUGUUGGUUUUCCAAUUUAAAUUUUUCUCGUUUUC